AUGGUUCAAGCUUAUAUCACUGCUGGAUUCAUGACAGAUGAUACGGAUUUGGAUUCGAGGCCGAAAGUUAAUGCAACACCGGAGGAGAGAGCUCGAGCCCUUCUUCCUUUACACCUAGCACUGCAAACCAUGUUAGAGAUAAAACGACACCUCACGCUGCCUGAGCAUAUUCUCAUGACGAUGACGAGGUAUGUUGCAAUUUGUGCCUUUUACAUGUGA